UCGCAUCUUCUCACCUUGAACUCUUGCCACAACUUACUCUUCUUCUGGCUUGAUUCAACUGCUCGGGACAUUCCUACACAUUGCUGUUGGGAAUGAAAAUCCUACACAAGUCGAAGAGGACAGUUCCUCCACCCCCACAGGUGGCGGAACUUAUUAACAAACUUCUGAAUACAGCUCAAGAUGAUCUCAUCUCAACUUUGGAGGACAUCGAUUCUUGGAAAUGGCAACGUUCCGAUUUGAAUGCCUGGAUCAAAGUCCUUAACAAAUUCGAUGCCAUAUUGGAGGACAUCAUUCGUGAUUAUGAUAUAGACAGACUCCAGAUCAGGGAGUUUACGUCCAAGACGAAGGCCUUACUCUCUGAAAUACUACGUUUCGAGAGAUUGUUGUUGGAGAACUCUACAAACCGAAAGAUGUACAAUUCAUACGAUCGACUCAAUAGCCUGCUAUUCACUUCGGACCUGGGCAUUCUGAUACUCACGCUCAAACUUCUAUUGCGGCCAUCUCAGCAAUACUCUUCUCAACCUGCCGUGUCCCAGGCGCUCAACAUCUCCACACAGCGCCUCCUAGCUCUGGCUAAACGGUGGCCUCAUUUGCGUGAAUAUGGGAUUGAACUUGUCGAAUUGGCGAAUUCGAAGGGAAGUAACGAGAUUGAUAAUCUUCCCGCUGAAGCCAGAGACGUAAACUUUACCUUCUAUCGUACCGAUGCUGGAUCCAAGCCGAAGGAUGAAGGAGAGCAACCGGUGUCAGAAAACACAAGUACACCACGUAAAUCCGCACCUACUUCCGCCCCCUCUACUUCCUCUGGUGCAGUCAAUAUUCAAAUAGAAGAGGGAACUUUACAAACCAAGCCACCCAUGAUCGUGUUGGCUGAUGCCAUUGCUGCCUAUAACAUUCCAGACUCCGAGAAGUUUGAUCUGCUAUGUCGUAUUCGGGCAUCGGCUACUUUAGUGAAAGGGCGGGAGGAAGACAGAGAAAAACUUGUUGUUAUCCGUCUCAUAUCCAUUGCUAUCUACGCUCACACCCAUCCGGAGAGUCAGGCUGCAACGUCCCUUUUUCUGUUUGAACCGGAUCUCAUUACACAUAUCUCUGAACUCUUAAAGGUCGAGCGAGAUAUCUCGAUCCCUGUUCAGACAGCUGCCAUAGCUGCGUUGGAUGCGUUGGCCAGAUAUAGGUCUAAAAUCCAAGAAGUAUUGACAUCCGUGAACGCGGGUGUUAACCACGGGAUUCUGAUGGGCUUGGUCCGCAAGACUGUGAACGAUAUAUCAAACCCCCAAUCCUCUAUCCUACAUUCCUUCGUCGAGGCUCUUCUAUCAUUUGUCACGUUCAUCGCCUCGCACGCAUCUGGUGGAAACAUGGUUGUCGGUGCAGGAAUCAUUCCAUUACUGAUUCAGAUCAUCGAGAACAAACUUCCGAACCGACUUCCCGUGGUUUCGAAGACUAUGCAACUGGUUGACAAUGUUUUGUAUAGCUUCACCAAUGCUUUCAAUCUCUUCUGUUCCUCUCGCGGCGUAGAAGCACUUGUUGAUAGGAUCGAGUACGAGGUCGAUCUCGACAUCAAGGAUUAUGGUGACUCUCAGCGCUCGCGGGAGAUAUUUGGGUCGCAUGGAGAACUUCCUGUAACCCGUGCCGCGGCUCUGAAGCACAUUCUUCGGUCUCUGCAUCGUAUGAUGCAAUCCUCUGGGACCUCUGAAGGUUUACGAGGACUGAUCGAUACCACUAUCCUCAAAUCUAUCAAGAAGAUCGUUGAAUAUCGUGGCUUAUUUGGACCAAGUGUUCUCCCAAUAGCCAUCAACAUCAUGUCGACCUUUGUCCACAACGAGCCUACAUCACUCACAGUCAUUCAAGAAGCCGGAUUGCCCGAGACAUUUUACAAGUCGUUAGAACUGGGGUUGGAACCAGCCAUCGAGGUAAUCCAAGCUGUUCCCAAUGCAAUCGGGGCACUAUGCUUAAAUGAAGUCGGUCAAGCUCAAAUAUCCGCUCGUCCCAGUAUCAUCCCAGCGAUCUUUUCAAUCUUUACCUCAGAUCGUCACCUCAAGAUUCUAUUGGAGAAAGAAAAUGCAGUACUCAUCGGCACAGCGAUUGACGAGCUAAUACGACAUCAUCCCACAUUGAAAGCUCCCGUGUUUGAUGCUCUGAAGUCCACGAUGAACAAAAUCGAAGACCUUGGAAACGGUUAUGAUCCUCCGGAGGAAAUUCGUCAUUGGUAUCAGCUCGUACCCGUGCUGGGGAUACAGGAUGAGAGCAAACCAAUGGACGGCGUUGAGGCUUUCGAUGGCCCAGAAGUUCCGGCUUCUUCCGAAGGAGAUCAGGCGACAGCGAGUUCUGGGAAGGAGGAGUCGUCAUCCAAGCCUCACGAUAACAACAUCGUAUCGUUCAUUGACAUCGUUGGCAGAUUCUUGGAGGGUCUUUUCCAACAUACCCCGCACUGUCGAGAUUUCAUUACUGCAGCUGAUGGGCUUACUCGUCUUGGACGAUUGACUGCCCUUCCCUGCCUUCCUUAUGACUUUGCAAACAGCGUUGCUUCCGACUCUAUGGUGCAAAUUAUGCGCACAAUGACUGAGGUUGCCACUAGCGAUACCCUGGUGCACCUAGCUGGGCUUGUCAGAGAAUCUUUAGCCGCCACCGAGCCCUUCUGGUCUGCCGCCGAGCCGGAGUCAAAAUUGCUACCUUUCGUGGACGUAAAUGCCGAUCGUGUGGUCAAUGAUAACCACUACUUCCGGAAUCUUGUUACUCUCCAUAUCCGGAUAACCCUUCUUUCUGACGUCUUUGCUACGGCUGGGUAUGCUCACGGCCGUGCUGCUAUCGCUUUACUUCAAACACUGAUGAGCAAUACCUCCCCCCAAGUCGUGUCUGACCUUGGCUCACUUCACCGGGUCAGCGUUUGGGAAAACAUCAUCUUGAGAAAGGCACUUAGUGGGAUAGGCAUCGAGCUACCCCGAACACCUGGUUCAUCGUCUUUGGAAGGGUCUCCAGACCAGGGAAACAUCGAUUUACCUGAUCAGAAUGGCUUGCUCACUAACUCUACUGCACUCAAUGGUAGUGCCGACGGACAGAAUACCACUCCUUCGUCUGUGACACCCCCCAAAGAAUCCCCGGUGAAAAUGGGCCCUCGAGAACAUAAUGCUUUCGCCUUGAAGCAUUUAACUCACGGCUUGCCGAGUGCUUUGGCACCCUUCUUCCAAGCUAUGGUGAAGAUGUUCCACUCGAGGCGUACGCCUGAUUCGGCACAAAAGAAACAGAUGCUGGAAUCUUCUGCUGUGGUUGCUGAUAUCAUGAUGAAGCAUUUGAGUUUGAAAGAUCUCGGUGAUACGUCUAGUCGUCACACAUACUCUGGAGUAAUGCUCGGAUUAGUUACCGUCCUCUUGAUAGAUGAACGCACGACUGCUCAUAGCCUUCAUACUGUCGAGUUACUGGCGUUUUAUCGAGUAGGCGGUCUUCAAGCUGUGCUCGACGUUUGUCGAAACUUCAUAUCUUCCAUUGAGACCGUUAGUGCGCUUAAGGAAAGCGAACGAACUGAGGCGCAGUCGCAAGAGUUAUCACAUGCUUAUAGUGGGCUGAAGAUUACCCUCCACCUUUUGCAUCCCCUCGUGUCCGCGAAACCUCUGUUCGAAUCAGGGCAGACUAUAGUUGUCAUUUCCAAAGACAAAGUAGAAACGGACCCCGAAUACUUCGAGCCCCACAACUUCCUCGUUCGUCUACGUCUGACAGUUCUACCACUCCUUCGCGGUCUUUGGGAGUCCUCAUGGCUGAUAAAAGCCCCUUUGAGCGUCAGUAGAUCUAUAGUGCAAGCGGUUCUGGAAGUCAUCAGCGGGGAUGAUGAAAUAAAGAAUGAGGCUGAAAUUGGUGUUGGCUCAAUGUCAAACGCCUUCUCAAGGCUCGCUGCCGUCUCCGAUGAAUCGCGUCUACGGCAACUUACGGAUAUGGGUUUCCCACGUUCAGCAGCGGAACAAGCACUGCAGCGUACCAACAACAAUGUGACUGCUGCCACCGAGAUCCUCAUUGCUCAACCCUUCCCCUUCCCUCCGGACCCAGAUCCUGAGCCGCCUGUCGCUUCAGGCUCAGAGCCUUCGGAACCUCUCGUCUCCGAACGUGUCUCUGAAGAACAAGGGGCCCAGGCAGACGCAAGCUCCACGUUGGAAUCUAAGGAUGUAUCAGGGGACUCAAGCGAAGUUUCCAAAGUUGUUGGCAAAACCUCUGAACAGUGGCGUAAAGAGCUAGAUGAAGCCAGAGAGGAAUUAAGGGCAGGCAUCAGUCGUCAGGCUUUAUUAUUAGUGGAUGAACACCUCUCCCUGUUAUUCGAUCUCCAUACCGCCUUUGUCAGACCACCGAACGCACAACAACAAAGGGCUGUACAGGACCUGGUGGAUGACAUCAAGGCAUUUUCUCCAUCUGCCUAUGAUGUUCAAGAACAGCCCCUUGCAAACAGGUGCCGACUUCUGGCUUUAGUUUUAUUUGAAACACCGUCGUCGUUGAGUCUCGAGCUUCGUGCCUCUCUCAUGGAACAUCUAUUGGCACUUCUUCUAUCCAAUCCUGUCAGCAUAGACAUAGAUCCCAAACAGCCGACGAUCCCCAAGUGGCUAGCAGCCCAUUUGCUUGUAACCGAAGCUCUUUUCAUCCUCUCGGAGGAGCCGAAAAAGAUUGACUUACCCAGCGAGGGCGAGGAAAUUGUGUCCCACCCACUCUUCGUCGGACCGCCCUUGUCUGAGGCGCGCACGAUGGUGUUUGAUUUCUGUCUGAGGCUUUUGGCCAUCCCGGAUUUACCCAAUGAUGAAUUACUGUCUGCCCUACGUUUGUUCGUUUUACUUACUCGUAAUCACGAGUUUGCGAGUCAGUUCGUCAAACGUGACGGUCUUUCACUCCUCUUCAAGCGCCUGCAGUCCUCCCCAGUUACCGGAAGUUCUUCAUAUGUGGCCAUUCUCCUGAGGCAUAUAAUCGAACACCCUCCGACGAUCCAGAAAGUCAUGGAACCCGCUAUCAAGCGUUAUUUCAACUCACCUCGUACACGCUCUGUCGACGUGACCACUUAUCUUCGAAGUUGGAACACUAUGGCCUUGCAUAAUCCUGCUGCAUUUAUCCAGGUCACUCAGUCUCUUUGUCAACUUUCUUCGCCGUUUUCCUCCAACUACCAGCUUUCAUUAAAAUCCGGACCCUCAACCGAUGAAAAGCUGGCGGAUCAGGCUAACACCACUCUCGAAACCACCGAUAUGCAGGUGGACAGUGACCCUCCUUCGACUGAGGCAGUGGAAGCUGUAAUGAAUUUCCUAAUCUCGGAAUUAAUGUAUGCAUCCAAGGAACCGGGAAGCCUCCAAGUUACCGACGUCCAUUCCCCUCAACUUUCUUCGAAUAUUGGCAAUGAUCCCAUGGUGAUGGACGCUACUUCUCAGGAUCUUCCUUCGCCUAAAGGAGACGAAAACGCCUCGAAAGGGAAAACGCAGCAUCAGUACAUGUGCUUCUUGAUGCAAUGCAUGACAGAGCUGCUAUUCUCGUAUGAUGCCUGUAAACAUGCAUUUCUAACGUAUUCCCCCAAGAAGCGCCCGAUCACGCCCGCCAAAGAAAGCUCGAAUAGGUUUAGAGCAGCUACAAUGAACUUCCUUCUAUUGGAUCUUGUCUCCUUCGGUACCAUUAAUCCACAAAGCAAUCCUGAGGGACGAGGGAAGAUGACUGUAUGCAAUUGGGCGAUGUCUGUGAUUGUUGCCCUUUGCGUUGAUAGUUCGUCUGUUCAAGAGUCCAAAGAGGUAUCCACGGAGCUCAUCUCAGUCCGAAAAUAUGUCCUCGAGUCCAUUAGCCGCGGUAUAAAGGAUUUGCCACCAGAGAGUGUAGACGCACGCUAUGGGCGGUUGUUGGCAUUAGGAGACCUUUGUCACCGCUUGCUCACCGUCCGGUUCAACUUUUCUUCGCGAAAACAAGUGGAGGAGACACCAACGCAAAUCGCCAAGGUCAUGUUGGAGAAAAACUUUGUGGCAACUUUGACGAAUUCGCUUUCCGAUGUUGACCUUAACUACCCGAACGUCAAGAACCUUAUUGCUGCAGUUUUGCGGCCUUUGGAGUAUCUGACGAAAGUCGCUAUCAAGAUGAGCAGAAACCCAGGGAAAGGCAAGGAUACUCUCGAAGGCCCGAACGCAGAAAGUGUAUCUUCAUAUACCUCUGGAAGUGACGGCGAGGAAGAACACGAACGAGAGGAGAUGCCCGAUUUGUAUCGGAACUCAGCACUUGGGAUGUACGGCGGUGAAAUGGAUGAUAUGAAUUUCAACGAAGACGAAGACAUGGAUGAAGACGACGACGAAGACGAGGGAGAUGAGGAGAUGGAUUUCGGGGAGGAGACAGGCAGCGAAGAUACUUCCGGCACUGAAGAUGAGGAAGACGAUCCAAAUGAGUUGGAGCAUGAAGGUGAACCGGAAGAAGCAUGGGACGGAGAAGGGGAGGAUGAAGAAGGAGAGCAAGAUGGACUGGUUGAAGAUGAUGCGGAUGAAGAUAAUGAGGAUGAGGAAGACGACCAAGGUGAUCACGGACACGAAGAUUUGGAGGACGGAGAACAAAUGAUCUGGCAGGAAAUACGAGGGAAUAUGGAUUCAGAAGAUAUGGGUGAGGAUGGAGAGGAAGAAGAGGAGAGUGGAGGUCCCAUCCAGAUCAUUCAUGAAGAGGACGAGGAAGAACCCGACGACGAUUUCGGUCAAGAUAUCAAUAUAGCCGAAAGUGGUGACCUAGUCCGGGAUAUUUUUGGCUUUGGUGACCCCACUGUUGGGGCUGGUGCAGGCUUUCUCGUACCUCGCCGACACCGUAGUUCAGAUAACGUACCGAUAUUUGGUCGUGCUCGCAAUGGUCCUGCUCCACCACCCGAGGCCACUGUCCAUCCUCUUCUGUUGGAUUCAUCGUCUACCCGUGCUCACCCGACUGACUUACGGAACUCCCGCCCACCUCAACGUUUAAUGGCGGGUGGCACAACUGAAUUACUUCAAACGAUCGAAGAGUUGGUCGGUGGAGGUGCCAUACAAUUCUUUCACCAUCUCAUGGCUCGUGGAAGAGGUGGGGCCGUCCCAGAAACCAUCCGCCUUGAUGUCCCAGCCGGUGCGUUUAUGGAGCUGGGUCGUAAUUUUCACUCUCGCCGACCUCAAAUGGUUUCGGCAUCGGUACGGAUGGAGCGAAACCCGAGACCAUCGGCCUCAGUCAAUCAGGCCCGGUCUCUUGAACCUCUUCUCACUUUACAACGCUGGGCAGAGGAAGUGAAAAUUCUCCACGGCAGCUUUGUUGGUGAUCGCGCUGCUAAAAUCGCCAACCACCUCAUCAUUGCAUUGCUUCCUUCCGCAGUCGAAGCCGCCAAACAGGCAAAAAUAAAGGACGAGGAAACCAGGAGGCAACAAGAAGCAGAAGAGAAACGACGUCAAGAGGGAGCAAAGGUUAUGGAAGCAACAAAAGCAGAGGACAAAUCAAAGGACGGCACUAAGGAUCAACCAGGAGUUGAUACGACGGAACAACCAGCGUCUCAUGAAGAGGGAACCUCACUUACAGAAGGCAUUCCGCAAAGCUCCGCGGUUCCCGAGGAUCAGGCCAUGGAAGACGCACAUGGACUUGUCGUUGUCGCUGAUGAUGAUGCGGAGAUGGUCGAUGUCACCGUGCCAGUUGAGCCAGCGCCGACCUUGCCUGUUGCUGGCCUAGUGACGGACGCUUCUGCGCAACUUGAACCCGGUGCUUCUGCCGCCCCCGAGACAUCCACCUCUGCACGUGCCCGAGUUACUGUCACGAUCCAUGGAAGUGAAGUGGAUAUUACAGAUACCGGUAUUGACCCCACUUUCCUCGAAGCGUUACCGGAUGACAUGCGCGAGGAGGUCUUGAAUCAACACAUACGAGAUCAACGUGCCUCGCGAAUAGAAAGACCGCCCGACUCACAGAUCAGUGUUGAAUUCUUGGAUGCUCUACCCCCUGAGAUACGCGCCGAGAUUAUCCAGCAGGAAGCUAUGGAACGUGCCCGGCGUUCAACUGAGGAAGCACAAGCAGCAGCAAGUGCAGCACGGAUACCGGCUGACAUAGACCCUGCCAGUUUCAUUGCUAGUCUCGACCCGACUCUGAGACAGGCAGUUCUUAUGGAACAAGAUGACGGAUUCAUCCAAACGUUACCGGCACAUAUGAUUACAGAAGCAAAUGCAUUCAGAGAUACACCUCGUCGUCACAUGCAUAUAUCGUCUCGAGGUGGCCCACGUUCAAUCCCUGCCAGUGCUCCGGGCACAACUGCACGGAAGUUCUCUCCUCAACACGACGCUAUCCAGUUGCUAGAUAAAGCCGGAAUCGCUAUUCUCGUCCGCUUACUGUUCUUUCCCAAUGUGCUAAAGAAAUCUCUCCUUUUCAGAGUUCUGGUCAACCUGUGCGAAAACUCGAAGACCCGAACCGAGUUAUUUAAUUUGUUGCUAAACAUACUCCAAGACGGGACUGGGGAUCUCGCUGCCGUCGACAAGAGUUUCUCCCAGAUGUCGUUCCGCAACUCUAAGCCGCAGAAGUCCAUUGGAAAGCAGAAAGCGAUUUCGGAUCUGGUUGUUUCAUUAUCACUUCCUCAAAGUCAGGAGGCAGUUCCCGAUUUAAUCGCUCAGCGUUGUCUCGAAGCUCUUUCAUACAUAGUGAAUUCCAACCCAGCCUCCUCGCUCUUUUUCCUCACCGAGCAUGAAUUAACGGCUGGCUUACGACGUGCCGUUUCGAAGAAAGGGAAAGGGAAAGAAAGACAGAUGCCUCAGACACAUUAUCCUAUUGUCCUCCUUCUUGGCCUACUCGAUAGACAGUCUUUACUUCGUACUCCAUCCAUUAUGGAGUCCGUUGUCGGUCUUCUUGCCACAGUCACACGACCUAUAAAGGAAGCGAAAUUGCAAGCAGACGCCUCCAAACCGACAUCCUCUACCGAAGCCUCAAUGUCAGCCCCUACCGCAGGCACCAAACCUCCGUCCGACGCUCCGUCAACACCCACAUCCAACGUCGUUGAGACAAAUGACACUCCUCCUGGCCCUGAGAGCGUGCAGCCCGACGCCUCACAAAUAUCAACUGAUGUAGCCUCUGUGCCCGCUCCUGUACCCUCUGCCACCACCGCUCCGAAGGACCGUGACCUCACACUACAAGCAGUCGAGCAACAAAUACUUCUGGCCAACCCACCUCAGAUACCCCACGCGGUACUUCGACUCAUUGUUAAUAUUCUUACCGUGGGCGAGUGCUCGUCGCGUACCUUCCAGCAGAGCUUGAACCUCAUCCAGCAUCUUUCUUAUAUACCGGAUGCACGCGAUGUCGUCGCCCAAGAACUCAAAGCCAAAGCUCAGGAGUUCGGGCAUACCCUUCAUAAUGAUCUUGACGAGUUGGCGGGCGCUCUUCAUGGUUCUGAAACUGUGCUGAAUUCCGUGGCGUCAAAGUUCUCUGCACCUUCGUCUGUACAAGCAAAACUGCUGAGAGUUUUGAAGACGAUAGAUUACAUGUACACGCCUAAAUCAUCUACAAGUGCUGCAGGCAGUGAUGAGGACGAUUCUGACAAGGUCCAAGCUAUAUACGAGUCGUUCAGGUUCGCUCCUCUAUGGAGACGUCUGGGUGACUGCUUGGCCAUAAUCGACGAGAAACCAGAAACAGAACAUGUUGCAACCGUCCUCUUGCCACUCAUAGAGUCCUUGAUGGUGGUGUGUAAAUAUGUGGGAUCAAAGGCCUCAUCUCUAUCCCGAGUUCUACGCAUGACUGCAUCCCCAAAAAUCCCGACCACCCCCCGAGAAUCGAUGGAGGAUCUAUUCGUGAGUUUCACAGAUGCCCAUCGAAAAAUAUUGAACAUCAUGGUUCGAAAUAAUCCUUCGUUGAUGAGCGGAUCCUUCUCCCUUCUUGUUCACAAUCCUCGCGUCUUGGACUUCGACAACAAACGAAACUAUUUCAAUCAACAACUUCACCGACGACCCCAUGUUCGGGAACACCAUGGUACAAUACAGCUCAAUGUGCGCAGAGCCCGGGUUUUCGAAGAUAGUUUCCAACAGUUCCAGAGUAAAACAGGGGAUCAAAUCAAAUAUGGCAAGCUCAGCAUUCGAUUCUACGAUGAAGAGGGAGUUGAUGCAGGAGGUCUUACGCGCGAAUGGUUCCAAAUUCUAGCAAGACAGAUGUUUGAUCCGAACAACGCAUUAUUCCAGCCUUGCGCAGCGGACAAGUUGACUUACCAACCUAAUAAGAACUCGUGGGUCAACCCGGAGCAUCUUUCCUUCUUCAAGUUUGUUGGUCGAGUUAUUGGAAAGGCGAUUUAUGACGGACGCCUGCUUGACGCGUAUUUCGCUCGAAGCCUUUAUCGUCAACUCUUGGGAAAACCAGUUGACUACAGAGACGUUGAAUGGGUGGAUCCUGAGUAUUAUAACUCCUUGUGUUGGAUCCUAGAGAAUGAUCCCACACCUUUAGAGCUGACGUUCAGUGUUGAGGAUGACGAAUUUGGUGUGAACCGAAUAUUCCCCCUCAAAGAGGGCGGUGAAACUUUGCCAGUUACUCAGGAAAACAAAAGAGAGUUUGUGCAAUUAUCCGCGCAAUACCGCCUAUACUCCUCUAUCAAAGACCAGAUCGAGAACCUCUUGGGUGGCUUUUACGAGAUAAUACCCAAAGACUUAAUCACCAUUUUCAAUGAGCAAGAGCUUGAGCUGCUGAUCUCUGGCACUCCCGACAUUGACGUCGAUGAAUGGCGAGCAGCUACUGAAUACAAUGGGUACACAGGCUCUGAUCCUAACAUUGUUUGGUGGUGGAGAGCACUGAAGUCAUUCAACCGAGAUGAAAGGGCUAAGGUGCUCAGUUUCGCGACAGGUACUUCUCGAGUACCGCUGGGCGGUUUCCUUGAGCUACAGGGAGUUCAAGGCAACCAGAAGUUCUCGAUUCACAAGGCGUACGGAGAGUCUGAUCGGCUACCUCAGGCGCACACAUGCUUCAAUCAGAUUGAUCUACCGCAGUAUUCGUCAUAUGAAAUGCUUCGACAACAAGUCUUGCUCGCUAUCAAUGAAGGAGGUGAAGGAUUCGGUUUCGUAUGAACGGCUUGGGAGUUAGUGGGACAAGAUUUACUACUUUUAGAAUCAGCAUAUCAAUGUAACAACGUAUCGCACUCACAUUCACAUAUAUGAUACAUCAAUUCUGCGACU